AUGUUCCACUACGCAUCCAAAUGUCUCCUCUCCGUCCUCUUCAUUGCCUCUGUCGCAUCUAGCGCAGCGUUCCCUUCCUCGCAAGCUCUCGAGCCUCGACAAGGCGCAUGCCUAUCCUCACUGGUCCGCCCCAACCCCGUCAACAACGUCGGACGAAUCUCGUUCCAGCGAUACAUCGAUGAGCCGAGAACCACCGGAGAGCGAGCAGACGCCUCGUGGGCACCCAACAACCUAAUUGACGUCCACAUGACCGUCCCGACCAAUGUCUACACCACCCAAAAUAUCAAUGUCUACGUCACCAACCGCAGCACCAGAGGCAAUGCCAUCAUUCUUACCAACUUCCAGGACACGCUGCUAUCUACUCAGCCUCGUGCGCAGAUUAGAAUAACGGUGCCUGGGCAGACACGCGCAAACGGUGUCGUCAGGCCCGGUAUGGCAUCCCCAUGUGUGCAUCUGCCACGCCUUGACGGCACGUGGUACUUCCAGGUUGAACAGUAA